AUCUGCUUUGUCCGUACAUCCACAAGAAACGCUAGUUUUACUGCACAUCAAUGAAAACUUCAAGCAAAGACAUGGACUAUUGAAGGAUAUUUAAGUGAAUCAUGAACAGGACCUAUCCGUGAUUGACUUGUUGAUCAUAUACACAUGGUUUUAAGUGCACUUCAUAUCAACAUCACAAAUGCGUAAAAAUCUAUAACACGCGUAAGAGCCGCUGCAGCCGCGCGCUUGGAGGCGCAUUUUACGCGCAAUGGAGAGCCUGCUGAAAGAUGCGUUUUUCAGGCCUUUAAACGACUCAUGGAAGAAUUCAAGCAGCGGAAACGACAGCAGCGGAAUGAAUAAAACACUAAACCCUCUAAAGCGUAACGAAGAAGUGGCUAAAGUUGAAGUAACCGUUCUGGUUCUCAUCCUGCUGUUCGCGCUCGCCGGCAACCUGUGCGUCCUUUUGGCCAUCCAGACGAGUAAACACGGCCAGUCACGCAUGUAUUAUUUAAUGAAACACCUGAGUAUUGCUGACCUGGUGGUGGCGAUUUUUCAAGUGCUCCCCCAACUUAUCUGGGACAUCACCUUUCGCUUUUAUGGACCAGACAUUUUGUGCCGCCUGGUGAAGUAUCUACAGGUGGUUGGCAUGUUCGCAUCCACGUACAUGCUUGUGCUGAUGUCUGUUGACAGGUGUUUGGCUAUAUGGCAGCCGUUACGGUCCUUACGCCGCCGAAAAGAUCGUUUUUACGUGGUCGCGUCCUGGAUUUUAAGCCUGCUCUUCAGCGUGCCACAGGUGUACAUUUUCUCGCUCAGAGAGGUCGGCGACGGUGUGUAUGACUGCUGGGGAGAUUUUGUUCAGCCCUGGGGUACGAAGGCGUACGUCACUUGGAUUAGUCUCACCAUCUAUAUCAUUCCAGUGACCAUCUUAAGUGUUUGUUAUGGCCUAAUAAGUUAUAAAAUAUGGCAAAACUUUAAGCUGAAGACCCGGCGGGAACAGUGCCUGUCGUUGACUCCGCGGCCCACAAAGGGCAUCGCGCUCUCUCGCGUCAGCAGCGUCAAACUGAUCUCCAAAGCCAAGAUCAGGACGGUGAAAAUGACGUUUGUUAUCGUCUUGGCUUAUAUUAUCUGCUGGACCCCGUUUUUCUUCGUUCAGAUGUGGUCAGCAUGGGAUCCAUUGGCUCCAAGAGAAGCCAUGGCGUUCAUCAUUGCCAUGCUAUUGGCCAGUCUCAACAGCUGCUGCAACCCCUGGAUCUACAUGUUUUUCGCUGGUCAUCUGUUCCGGGAUCUCAUGCAGCGCUGUCUUAUGACAUCACACUGCGGCUGUAAGAGAUAUUGGAGAUCUAGGAAGCAUUUAGGCACUGGUGCAAUGAGGAGCAUCAGCAGCCAGAAGAGUGUGACACAGACCUCCACUACAUGAGACAGUUCUUCACAGAAGAGACCACGUGGGAACACUUGCAGUUCGUAUAACCAUCGUGGACUGAACAAUAUGAUAAUAUAAGCUAAAGAAUCAUUCAGUGUGAUUAUGGUAUUAUAAUGUGGUAAGGAUCUCAACAACCUGGAUCAUGUCCAAUCCUCUUCAGCUUGCAACAACUGUCAAACAAUUCAUGCUUGAGUGCUUAAAAAUGUGACAUCUUUGGUACAGGAGCAACCCACAGUUCAGCACACUACACAAUUAUACACAAUUCAAGAGUUCAAAUGUGCAUAUAAUCCUGAAUGAUUCAUGCAAAGAAUGAUUUGCUGUCCAUAAUUGAGAUCUACUCAACUUGUGCUCUGAAUUCCCCCCUGGAAAACUUAAUGAAAGUUUCAAUCUUCUGUGAAACACAAGAAGAGAUCUUAGAAUGUACUUUGAGUGUUAGAAUGUCCAAGAUGUUGUUUUCCAUACAAGUAAAUGGAUAGUGAUUUAUACUGUGAAGUUUAAAAAAAAAAAAAAAAAAAAAGAAGAAGCAAAAAACAUCUGAAAACACAGCAUAUGACCGGUUUACUUUUUCAUGUGUCUUUCUAAACUUUCUGCAAAGUCAGCUAUAAGCCUAACUAGUAUCAUAUGAUGUUAUGCACCAGAUUUGAUAAGUUAUCAAUAUCAUUCAUUCAGAAUCAGCACUACUUAUGUGAAUGUGAAUGUUUUUUCAAGAAAAAUUAAAUUAAUAGUUUACUCAAAAAUGAAAAUUCUGUCAACAUUUACUCACCCUCAUGUUGUUCCAAACGUACUUUCUUCAGAGGAAUACAAAAUUAUAUAUUUUGAAGUAUGUUGCUCACGCUGUUCUUUUCCAUACAAAGAAAACAGAUAGAUACGAGCAGCUGUCACACUUCAGAAAAAGUGGUUUGCUAUUUUACAAGCUUUCUGAAACCAUACAAGCUGUAUGGACUACUUUUAAAGUGCAUUUUGUCCAAAAAGGAGCUUGAAAGCCUCUUGUAAAAAUGCUUUCAUUAUAUGGAAAAGAGCAGCUUGACGAUUCUUCACAAUAUCUUAUUUUGUGUUCCACGGAAAGAUAGUCUCAAGAGUUUGGAACGGCAUAAGGGUGAGUACAUGAAAAAAAAAAUCAUUUUUAGAUGAACUAUCCCUAUAAUGUAAAUAUUCAGUAAUUUUUAUGUUUAAUGGUGUGCUUACUGCCUACAUUAGUACUUUGUAAAAAAUAAUAUAUUACACACAGCAGCUCAAUAAGGUUGUCACUGUGAUGCACUUGAAAGGAAAAUAUUCUAAUUUAUGAAACUUAUUUGUGUUUUAACAAAUGCAUUUGACUUCUGUAGAUAUGAAUGUAUGUAAUUAAUUCAUGAUGGACAUUUGAUUUCAAAUUUCAAAACAGACAGGGCUAGCACCAAAGUAAUUCAGGUUUUCUGCAUUACCUAUGUGAAGACAUAAGCUCUAUCACACACACACACACACACACACACACACACACACACAUACACACACACACAUAUAUAUAUGCACAUACUGUAUAUAAAAGAGUCAGUUAUUCUCAGUAUGAAUCCAAUGAUUUAUUUUAAAGGCUGGGAAAAUAUUACAGCUUUCUAUGUGUUAAAAGGCAGGCAUUGUCAAAUAUGUAAUUUUUUACAUGUUAACUGUGAUGACAUAGCUCACAUCACAUAUAUGGAUGAAAUAUAUAUAUUUAAGCAAUGGCCCUACAUCAGCACUGCUGUGAUUCGGCCACAGGACGAGUACGGUCAUAAAAAGCACAUUUGUGUAUGGAACUACUUUCUUAAGUGACGGAUCAGAAUCUGCCAUUGCUAGUUCAAACCAAAUGAUGCGUCCAAGCCCUUGUUAGUAAUUAAAAAAUGUCACUUUAGAACUAGUAUCACGGCUUGGGCUGUUUCUUACAAGUUAUUGGAGAAACCAAGAUGUGUGUGUGUGUGUGUGAGAGAGAGAGAGAGAGAAAGAGAGAAAGAGAGAGAGAGAUAUGAGUGUGUGCAAUCACCUGUUGCUACU